CCCAUGUAAAAUCCAGAAGAAAGGGGGAGGAAAAAAAAUCAGAUAAACCCUAAUUUCAUUUCUUCAAUCGGAGUCUCUGAUUCUCCCCAAAUUGGCGGCAAAAAAAGGAAAUCCGACACUUAAUUCACCCACAUUAUCGGAGUUUAAGGUUCUUAUUAUUCCUAAAUUCGAUUGAAGCUGAAUUUUUGUAUUUAAGCAGUUGCGUUGCUAAUUCCAGUUCCAGUAAAUUCAAUGCUAAUCCGAAGAAUCUGCUUCUCCAUCUCAAAAUCCCACCACACCCCAUUUCCAAUUUCCCCAUUCCUGAUAAACCCUUUCCCCAAUUCGCAAUCCUAUUCGAUACGUUCGCGGAAUUUCGAAACCCUAAAAUCCAGAUUCCGCAGAACAAUUUCAGCGAAUUCGCACACCCCUGUUGCAGUAAACACCGCAACCGAUGCGGGUCGGGUCGAAGUUUUUCGGUCUCUAGAAGACUCAUUGGGCUCGAAAUUCAGCUCCGAACCCAUCGCCCCAAACCCUAACCCUCAGAUCAUCGUAUUCAGUGGGCCCAGCGGCGUAGGAAAAGAUGCCGUGAUCAAAAGAUUGAGAGAAGUUCGAAAAGAUUUGCAUUUCGUUGUCACGGCCACUAGCCGCGCGAAAAGACCCGGAGAAAUCGACGGCAAAGAUUACUUUUUUAUCAGCAAAGACGAGUUUUUAUCGAUGAUCGAAAAAAACGAGUUCUUGGAGUAUGCAUUGGUUUACGGUGAUUAUAAAGGGGUCCCGAAAAAGCAAAUUAGGGAUUACAUGGCGAAAGGGUACGAUAUCGUGUUGAGAGUCGAUAUACAGGGUGCUUCGACUCUGAGAAGGAUAUUGAAAGAUAGUGCGAUUUUCGUGUUUUUAGUGGCGGAAAGUGAAGAGGCUUUGGUGAAGAGAUUGAUUGGUCGGAAAACGGAGAGUAAAGAGGCGUUGCUUAUGAGGGUUGCUUCGGCUAAGGAAGAGCUUAAGAAUUUGAACGAGUUCGAUUAUGUUGUUGUGAAUAAGGAAGGUGAUUUGGAGAGAUCGGUGGAGAUUGUGGGCUCCAUUAUCGACGCCGAAAAGGCUAAAGUGCAUCAAAGGCGAGCGGCGAUUUAGGUAACUCGUGGUGAUAUUUCUUGUAAUCUGUUUGUUACAUACAAAUUCUACUAACUUUGUGAGAUUUGUCUUGUUUGUGAUUUCGAAGUCGCCGGACUUGCAUUAACGUUUUUUUCGCAUUUAGAUUGAUGAGUAGGGUUUCAUCGUAAUUUGGUUUCGAGAUAGGUUUUGGGAGGUUGUUCGAAUUUUUCUUGUUAGUUAUAGCAAAUAAAAGGAUGCAUCUCUAGUCAAUUUAUGAGAUAAUA